AUGGCGGAUGCAGUUGCUACAGCUGGGAUCGUGAAGAAGAGAACGUUCAAGAAGUUCUCCUACAAAGGAGUCGAUCUCGAUGCUCUCCUCGACAUGUCUACCGAUGAUCUUGUCAAGCUCUUCAGCUCCCGUAUUCGCAGAAGGUUCUCUAGAGGGCUGACAAGAAAGCCUAUGGCUUUGAUCAAAAAAUUGCGCAAAGCGAAAAGGGAUGCACCAGCUGGUGAGAAGCCAGAAGCAGUGAGAACCCACCUAAGGAACAUGAUCAUCGUGCCGGAAAUGAUUGGAAGUGUCAUCGGUGUGUACAACGGAAAGACUUUUAACCAAGUUGAGAUCAAACCUGAGAUGAUUGGUCAUUACUUGGCUGAGUUUUCGAUCUCAUAUAAGCCUGUUAAGCACGGUAGGCCUGGUGUUGGUGCCACCAAUUCUUCCAGAGUAGGUCACUCUCUGAUGGAAGAAGAGAUCACCAAGAUUCCACAAUAUAAAAAGCUUGAGGUGCCGGAGAUUCCAGACGAGCCUGAGUUGCCGUUGCCCGAGGAGCCGGAGAUUCCAGAAGAGCCUGAGGUUCCUGAGGAGCCAGAAGAGCCUGAGGUUCCCGAGGAGCCAGAAGAGCCUGAGGUUCCCGAAGAGCCAGAAGAGCCUACAUUUGAAUUUCCAUCAUGGAUCCCAAGCUUUUCUUUUCCCGGGGCUGGAGGAGGUUCUCCGGAGACUGAAAAGACAAAAUCUUCUUCAACGGCUGAAGAGGUUAAUGUGAAAAGCACGAGUGUUUCCAAGGAAACUUCGAGUGGUCCGAACAAGAAUCCAUAG